AUGAUCGCCCUGGAGAGAGCUGCUUGUCAAGGUGAUAUACGGGUCCUGCAGCUGCGGCUGUACCGCCAAGGGGGUGUAAACGCUACACAGACCCUCAUCAGACAUCUGCAAGAGCUGGAGAGAAGCAGAAGCAGAGGGACGGGAGUGUCAGUAGAUGCCCUGACCUCUGCUCUGCAGCUGUGGGCUGGAGAGAACCCAGGCCCACGGAGAGCCCGACGGUCACCCUCCGUCAAAGACUGUGAGCAGGAGCAGGAGCAGAGUGUGCACAACAUAGCCCAGAUGUUGCCGGGAGUGGGAACCUUCUACAACCUGGGCACAGCAGUGUAUUAUGCUGUUCGGAACUGCUCGGACAUGGCCAAGGAACGAGGCCGAGAUGGGGUCAUAGAUCUCGGAUAUGACCUUCUGAUGGCCAUGGCUGGAACGUCAGGGGGACCCACAGGGCUAAAGAUCGGCACUGCACUUAAACCUGCGCUGAAGGCUGGGGUUCCGCGGCUGACCCAGUAUUACUACGAGAGAGAGGCAAACACCCCUCCACCAGAGACCAGCGAGGAGGUCUUGGGGAGCACCUCGGAUAUGAGUGGCGUGGAAGAAACAACUGUCACGGCCCCUCCGUGUCAGAAGCAGGAAGUUCAAAUCCGUGCUGGGCAUUCUGCCUCUUUCUCAAGCCUGCGGAAAGGGGGCGGGUCCGAGACGCCGGCAGAAGCCGAGGGCGUCUCUGGAGGCCCUGGUGCCGGAACGCUUUCUGGCGACCGGAAGCCUGGGCCGGAGCUGCUGCAGGGACCUGGGCCUGAGACCCUGACCAGGUACUGGCCUUGA